ACUACUCAAACUUCCAACACAUUCAAUUCAAUCUCUCAAACACACAUCAUCAAGAACUCAAAGCUCUAAAUCAAGAAAAUCAAAGAUUCCAUUUUUCUUCCUUCAUAUUUUCUUGAUUUUGUAACCACACACAACAAUUUGAAUCAAAUAUGAAGAUGGGAAGCACAAAUAUGGGAAGUUCAAAGAGAAGAAUUUCAAGUAGAGGAGUUGGAGGAGUUCUUAGAGAACAAAGAGCCAAACUUUACAUUAUUAGAAGAUGUGUAGUCAUGCUUCUUUGUUGGCAUGAUUAAAAAUCUUUAGUACAAGAAAAAAAUUAAAAGAAUUUAGCUAUAUUCUUUUCUAUUGUUCUUUUCCCUCAUAUUGGGAGUGUACAUAUAUCAAUGGAGGAAAUUAAAUUAGUUUAAAAUUGGGGUUAAUUAACAAAUUUUGUACUAAUUUUUAGAUUAUUAUUAAGACUAGUUCUUCUUGUAUACAUAUCGGAUAGUUUCAAUCAAAGAAGAAUAUUUUGAUUCAA